UUGAAGUAAGAGCUCUUUGGGAGCGAAGCACGCGUCAAAGGUUGCUAAUGAAGUUGUUGUCGAGGACAUGGAUCCAAAUGCUAAUGUAGAUGAUGGCGUAGCUGUUGAUGGACUUGUGACUCGGAUGACUUACACGUUAACUGACCCGGAAGUGGAGUUCAAGGACAUGUUUCCUAGUGGUACAAAGUAUAUGUUGAGGAAAGCUGUUGGAGGCUUCCUAGUGGAUGCCAAAAAUUUCCUUAAUCCGGAUGAUUUUUGGAAAUUUGUUGCUUAUCAAAAGCAGAAUGAGGAAAAUAAUACCCCACAAGUAUCAUUUAGAGCUUUUGCAUAGUCUUUAUUGGAUGGUAAGCAUAUUAAUGUUGGGGGAAGUAGUUCGGGAACUGUGAAUGAUGUCGGGCAUGUGGAUCGUGCUCCUAGUCCCGAAUUAGAGGUUGAACAUAUUAGCUACUCAUCUGAAGAGGAGCUAGCAACCCCACACGAUGUGCUAAGUCGUACCCAAGUUCUAAUGUUGAAAAGAAAAGAGGAGAGAAGUAGGUUACGGAGGAAGGUAAUCGGUGAAGCAAACCUCCUAGAUUCAUAUGUUCGAACUUGGCGGCCAAAGGUUAUCCAGGAAGUUCCUUGAACCUCUUAUGCAGUUCAUGGUUGAUAAUGCGAAACCGACGUCGCGUGGAGGAUUGCGCCAAUUGGAUACUGAAGCAACGCAUCUUCAAUGCGAUGGAGAACUGGUGAAACUGAGUAUGUGUUCACUUAUUCCAAAGGGUAAUGAUUCUAUUUGUGUUUACAAGUAUGUCUGAGUAUACACCAAAAUAUAUGAAAAAGUGUGGGCGCACAGUUUGAGGGUCGCAGUAGGAGAUUCAUGCUUGACCCCGGCUUCGGAAUUCCACUCCUUAAUGCAAAGGAUGAUAAGGCCACUGAAAGAGUUGCAAUGUGGGGCAUGCAUCCAAGUAGAGUAUUUGUGUCAGUCGUACAAAAAGGGCAUUGGUGGUGUGCUGCUUUCUCGAGGAAUCAUGAGGAGAUACUAGUACUUGAUUCCUUGGUAACAACCAAAGCAGUGGAUUACCAUAAGUCGGAGGUUUUAAAAAUGGUUGAAGUGGUGGAUCAAGUAUUCCACACAUUGGACGAAGGAUGGCCAACUAAGACAAUUACAAAGUGGCCUAUGACAUCUCUAUCGAUGACACCACAAAGUGAUGGGAAACGGUGGAUAAUUAAGCAAAAGUUGAUGAAUCAGAUAAUACAAAGCAGAGUGUUUCUUGAGGGACUUCCUCAGUCCACACCCUUAAUUCCCCAAAAAGUCUACUAAGGCAAGCAAGGCAAUGAGCCACCUUGUUACCUUUCCUGCUAAUGUGGGAAAAUUUAAUAAACUUACAAUAUUUUGAUAAAUCCAGAAUAUCACUAACUAUAAGACGAAAAGUGCUUGCUUCCUUAGUCCCCUUAUCAAGAUACUUGAAGAGCUUCAAGUUGUCUGUCUCGAGCUCGAUCCGCAAAAGGCCAGCCUCCACAGCAAUGCUGAUUGCGUGCCUAGCUGCCAAUGCUUCAGCAACACCCACAUUGUCAUUCCCUUGCAUCAAUACACAAGUAGCAGCCAUAGGGUCUCCCACGCUAUCCCUCAUAACACCACCCAGCCCAAUGCUUCUAUCAUCAAAGACCGCAGCAUCUGAAUUCACCUUGUAAUUGCCCAAAAGAGGGGACUGCCAUGAUUGAGCAGUUGAGCACUCACAGUAGGGGGGAGAAAGAAACAACAGCUGCCUUGUUUGCUUUCUCAUACUCCCCAACCACACCAACAACCUUUCUAAUAACCUCACUAUCCUUAAGUCUCUUCUUAUCAAAAACCCAAGCAUUUCUUUUCAGCCACAAGCCCCAUAAUAAAGACCAAAACAAGCUCCACCAAAGCUUAUCAGAGUGAAUUUUCCUAAAGAAAUGCACCACUCUUUACAGGAAAACAUAUUACAAGUGCUCAUAUCAAGUCUAAGUGGGGAAACAUACCAGAGCAAUUGAGCAUUUUUGCAUUUAAAAAGUGCAUGAAGACGGGUCUCAGACUCGAUACCACACGUAGGACACAUAUUGUAACACCCUAAAAUUCGAGUCUUUUUAAAACAAUAAGAGUAACCUUUUAAACUUUCAAACCCAA